AUGGACACUCAACUGCACGAGUUGGAUAACGGUGGACUCAAGCGACUUGAGGAUGUCCUGCUCUCCCAAAUAAUACCUCCGCCAGGAAGAAGUAUAUUCUUCCAUGAAACCAAAUGUCAUUCUAGUGACGGACCAAAUAUAUUCAAGUUGUCCGCUAGACAAGCGUGCUCCAUCGAAUCGGCGGCUUUGAAUAAUCCGAAUUUUCAAGUUUUCCUAUUAUUUGCAACUCCCACCUAUACGUUGGAUGACCAAAACGAUCCCAUACUUGAUGCGCUUCGUAGCUACAAGAAUGUAAAUCUGCGAUACUUAAAUAUCUGGCGCUACGUCAAAGAUACGCCCAUAGAGAAGUGGUUUAAGGAGGGCCAUCUCUUUCGGUCAAAAUUUCUGACGGAACACAUGUCCGAUUUGCUGCGCUUGAUUACCCUAUAUCGAUAUGGCGGCGUCUAUAUGGACUUGGAUGUUGUGGUUCUACGCAGUAUGGAGCUUGUGCCUCUCAAUUAUGUGGGAGCCCACGAUAAUGUCACCCUCGGCAAUGCUGUCAUCAGUGUGGAGCCCAGAGGCAUCGGUCACAAGAUGACUGAAUUAUUCUUGGAUUACUAUCAGAAGCAUUAUAGUGCCGAUGAGUAUGUGUCCAAUGGCCCCACAUUAGUUACCGAUGUGGUUAAAAAAUUCUGCAACAGUACAAGUAUAAAGCAAACUCAAGAAGAUCCCAAAAGGUGCCGCGGUUUUAAAGUGUUCAAUGAAACCGCGUUUUACCCAUUGCAGUGGCCACAAUGGCAUCAUUUUAUUUUACCCAAGUACAAGGAAGAUACCUUGGAAAGAACGAAGGACUCGUUCCUAAUUCACUUGUGGAAUAAGGCGUCCUACCGGUACUUAUUCAAAGUAGGCACCAAUAAUGUUUACGGCAGAUAUGCGGUUCUCAAUUGUCCCAAAACUUAUGCGGCAGCUGGAGCAUACUUUUAG